UCAGAAACCGAAACGUCGAAAAAGACGUUUUUGUUGUUGACCGCGUAUUGUUGACAAACUUUUCCACUAAUUAAUUGCAAGCUUUUCAUCUCGUAGUUCGUAAGAUUACACUUUUGUGGUGAUUACGUUUUGAUUUUUUGUCAUCACAAUAUUAUAAGUUUGCGAGUGUUCCGCAUAGCUAAAAACAAAGAGUAUAAUUUUGGUGCCAAAAUGUUGCGCACAAAAAUUCAUAUUGUUCUGAGUGCCAUCGGUGCAAUUUUAGGCGUAUCUGCAUUUAUAUGUUUCUGCCUGGUCUACGCAAAUGUUGAGGCAGGCAUGUGGGCGUUGUUAUCGGGUAUCCAUGCAUCACUGGCUCUGAUGCUGCAUUGCCACUACCUAAAGGAAUCUCUGCAUGUGAACUUCUCCCGUAAAGCUCUCCAGUACAUCGGAGACUUCGGCAUGAUUGGCUUUGUCUCUGGCACGGCGCUUACCUUAUUCUACAUAUUUUUGGAGAGCUAUUACAAAACAGACGUAAUGCCGAUCCAAUCCAGCAUCAUCAUCCGGAUAGUGUGGUCUUUCAUGAUGAUGAAGUGGGGCCUCAUGCUGUACUGGACCACCAAGAAGUACCUGCGAACCUACAACGACCACCAACUGUUUUCGGAAAACCCCAACAUUGAGGAGACGUAAACUCCGGUAUGUAUGAGUUGUUAUUCUUUAGACUUUCUGCAGACUACAGUUUUGUCGGCCGAUAGCUGGGCCCGAUUCUAAUUUGUAUGAAGAAUCGCCCGAUACCAAUGUUCGCACUUUCAUACUUCUCCAUACUGAUUAACAGCCCGACGCACACUGUGUGAUAUUGCCUUAGAAGCGGACACUGUGCGACGAAAUUAUCGGCCGACAAAAAGUCUGUAGUUUGCGGCUAGGCUUACUGUUAUAACUUGAAUAUUAUGAAUUUAUUCAUGUCAUUCAUUACAUUUUUCCUAUUUUUAAUAAACGCAUCGUUUCAAGCUUAAAUAAAGACUUAUCUAGGAGUUAAUAUCAUUAGAUCAUAAACAUAUUGCAAUUUAAAAUUAAAUCUUAAACAUUGGUGUAACCUUACAUCAUUCAGACAACCUCUGUAAUAAAAUUAACCAUUUUAGUUAAAAAAUUGCACAUUUUAUUACUACUUAAGGUGCUAUAGUGUACAUAAUUAUUCCAGUGCUUAAUUAGGUAUGUCUGCCUCUCUUACUGA